UCGAAAUGUCACAUAGUUCCUGCAAUCGACAACAAACAUACGUGUUGAUCAACGGAGCGAUUGAAGUUGAAAGUGCUGUGAUUAUAAAUUGCACAAUAUGAGCAAAACGGUGCUAGUUACCGGAGGAACAGGCCUCGUUGGGAAGGCUAUCGAAACGGUCAUUGCGAGGGAAAAUCCUACUGACGAGAAAUGGAUAUUUGUUGGUUCCAAAGAGGCGAAUCUAACCGAUCUUCAAUCGACGCGGGCAAUGUUCGAACGAUAUUGCCCAACACAUGUGAUCCAUUUGGCGGCAAUGGUUGGUGGGUUGUUCCACAACAUGAACAACAAUUUGGAUUUUCUGCGGAAAAACAUUCAAAUCAACGACAAUGUGUUGGCACUGAGUCACGAAUUCAAGGUGCGGAAGGUUGUCUCUUGUCUAUCGACCUGUAUAUUUCCCGAUAAGACGCCUUAUCCCAUCGAUGAGACCAUGAUCCAUAACGGGCCCCCACACGAAUCGAAUUUUGGCUACAGUCACGCAAAAAGAUUGAUUGAUAUUAUGAAUCGUGCCUACCACCAACAACACGGUGACAUGUUCACAUCCGUUAUUCCGUGUAAUGUGUUUGGACCACACGAUAAUUUCACACCAGGUGUGAGUCACGUGAUUCCCGGAAUGAUUCACCGUCUGCAUGAAAUUAUAUAUUUGAAAGACCCCGAGAAACCACAAGAAGAGAAGGUCUUUCCGGUGUACGGAACGGGCAAGCCUCUCCGUCAGUUUAUCUUCUCGAUUGAUUUGGCAAAACUAUUUAUCUGGGUAUUGCGAAACUACGAGAGCGUGGAUCCCAUUAUUCUUUCAGUAGAUGAAGCAGCGGAGGUAACGAUCGCUCAUGUAGCCAAGUCUCUGGCGAAUGCGUUCAAGUUCAAGGGAAAGCUGGAGUUCGACACAAGCAAAGCAGACGGACAGUACAAGAAAACUGCUUCGAAUGAUAAAUUGAGGAAGCUGCUGCCAGAAUUCCAGUUUACUGAUUUUGACAGUGCCAUCGAAGACUCGGUACAGUGGUACAUCGAUAAUUACGAGAAGGCAAGAAAAUAGGUUCUUUUUGUAAACAUAUUGAUAUCGGCAAAAAAUAAAUGUUAUUUUUGUAUUACGUA